AUGGCCUCAGAGAUCCACAUGCCGGCCCCAGUGUGCCUCAUUGAGAACAUCAGAGGGCAACUGGUGGCUAAUCAGGAAGCUUUGGAGAUCCUGGCAGCCAAUAAGAAUCCUCUUGUUGUGGUGGCUAUUGUAGGCCUCUACCGCACAGGCAAAUCCUACCUGAUGAACAAGCUGGCUGGAAAGAACAAGGGCUUCUCUAUUGGAACCACGGUGCAGUCUCACACCAAAGGUAUCUGGAUGUGGUGUGUGCCUCAUGCCAAGAAGCCGAACCACACCCUAGUUCUUCUUGACACAGAGGGUCUAGGAGAUGUAGAAAAGGGUGACAAGAAGAAUGAUACCCAGAUCUUUGCACUGGCAAUACUACUGAGCAGUAUCUUUGUAUACAAUACUAUGAACAAAAUUGACCAGAGAGCUAUUGACCUGUUGCACUAUGUGACAGAACUGUCAAAUCGGCUCAGGAAAGUAGCCUCACCUGAUUUUGAAGGGGUUGAAGAUGCAACUAACCUUGAGAGCUUCUGUCCAGACUUCGUGUGGACUCUGAGAGAUUUCUACCUAACCCUGGAAGUAGAUGAGCAAGUCAUCACAGCAGAUGAAUACUUGGAGAAUUCCCUGAGGCUAAAGCAAGGCACUAAUCAAAGUGUUCAAAAUUUCAAUUUGCCCCGUCUAUGUAUAAAAGAAUUCUUUCCAAUAAGGAAAUGCUUUAUCUUUGACUCUCCCACUCACCGGAAGAAGCUUGCCGAGCUUGAGUCACUGCCUAAUGAAGAUCUGGAUCCUGAAUUUGUGGAACAAGUGGCAACAUUCUGUUCCUACAUCUUUAACCAUUCCAAGACUAAAGCUCUUCCGGGAGGUAUCAAGGUCAAUGGGCCCCGUCUAAAGAGCCUAGUGCUGACCUACAUUAAUGCCAUCAGUCGUGGGGAUCUGCCCUGCAUGGAGAAUGUCUUGGCCUUGGCCCAGAUCAAGAACUCAGCAGCAGUAGAAAAAGCCAUUGCCCACUAUGACCAGCAGAUGGGCCAGAAGGUGCAGCUGCCCACGGAAACCCUCCAGGAGCUGCUGGACCUGCACAGGGAAAGUGAAAGAGAGGCCAUAGAACUCUUCAUGAAGAACUCUUUCAAGGAUACGGACCAAAAGUUUCAGAAGGAAUUAGAAACUCUGCUAGAAGCAAGAAAGGAUAACUUAUAUGAACAGAACAUGGAGGCAUCAUCAUACCGUUGCUCAGCUUUACUUCAGGCUAUUUUUGGUCCUCUAGAAAAUGAUGUGAUGCAGGGGAUUUAUUCAAAACCAGGAGGACAUCAUCUCCUCAUUCAGAAGACAGAAUUGCUGAAAGCAAGAUACUAUUGGGAGCCCAGGAAAGGAAUGCAGGCUGAGAAGGCUCUGCAGGAAUAUUUACAGUCCAGACAGUCUACAAGCGAUGCCAUCCUACAGAUAGACCUGGCUCUAACAAAGAGGCAAAAGGAGAUAGAAGAGGUACAUAUGAAAGCAAUGGCUGCGAAAAUUGUAGCACAAAGGUUGGAGGUGAUUCAGAGGUAUAACCAGCAAAUGAUGGAGCAAAGGGAGCGGCUCCAUCAAGAACAAGUGAGACAGAUGCAAAUGUUCAGAAAGUACCAGGUGCAAUAACAGCAGAGGGCCCUAGAACGUCGAUUCCAGGAAGAGGCCGAAAAUCUCAAUAAGGAAAUCGAAGCUGAACACAGAAGCCUUCAAAACAAAAUCCAGGAUCUCCAGAGGAAUGCUGCCUCACAGGAUGAUCAGGAUGAUAAAUGCAUCUUACUCUAA